AUGGAGCCGCGAGUUGCCGACGCGCCGCCUAGCCCCGCGACGUUGCAGAAGCUGCAGCGCAAGAGCCUCUUUCGACGACAGUCAAUUCAAGACAUCUCGCUGAGCUCGGAGCGACUCUUGUUGCAACACGAGCUUGCGCAGUUGACGCAAGUCGAGGUUUCUUGGGGAGCGGGGCCACUUGGACUUACGCUCAUCAACGAAAAUGGACGGACAGUUGUGAAGGCGUCGGCGUGCGAUGAAGUCAAUGCGGGCGACGUUCUCUUGGCUGUCAAUGGUCAAUUGGUGCUCUGGUGUGACUACGCAAGCGUCAUGCAGCUGCUGCACUCCGUCCCGAGACCAGCGUCGCUCAUAUUCGCCCGCAGCCCAACACAGACCGUCGUCGACUCCGAGUCCUCGUUGCUGACGUCCGAUGAAGUGUACCAGACGCUCGUAUCGCUCUUGGCAGACACUCACGACCACAACGACGCCUCACCCAUCGCGUCGACAGCGUCUGCCGCAUCGAGCCAUUCGUCGCUGGCCUACUGUCGCUGCCCCCACUGCUCAAAAGCAGCGGACCUCGAAGCCUUGUUUAUCUCGAGUGAUGCCACACUUGAGGCGGCGACGAUGACCAGCCUCGAAGACCAGCUUGACAGCUUCGUAAUGACCAAAAGCACAGACGCGGCGACGAUGGCAACACCGUCACUGACGGGAGCCCCAUCAACCCAUCCGCUGUAUCUGCCGGUGCAGUACAACGUCGCCGGGUACACUCCAGAGCGCCAGCCCAUCCUUGUACCGCACAUGAUCGUUGCAUCCACGCCUGCGGCGAGCGUCGUUGUACCUCCUGCCGCAACGUCAGCCCUCACGCCACUUCCGCCUGCGCCAACGGUCGUCGCGCCCGUCCAACCUCUUGGGUUCGGUAACUUCAUCGACUUCGUCAUCUCGGGCUUCACGGGUGGAGGUCAUACCUCAGCACCUGCUGCUAAAAAGCCGGACACCAAGACGCCAAAAGCUCCUGUGCCAGCGGCAACAGGAUACUACAAAGUACGCUGGCGCCAAGGCACCCUCGGCCUGACGUUGAAGUUCGUGAACUCUCGCCUGCUUGUGACGCAAGUGGGGAUUCCGCCCGCGGACUUGGCAUCGAAAUUUGCAGUUGGUGACGAGCUCGUGGUCAUCAAUGGCUUUGAGACGGCGCGCAUCGGGUACCAGCAGUCGAUCCACUUUCUCCAAACUCUGCCCAAACCGAUCCGCCUCGAGUUCCUACGCGCCUCGGGUGCUUCCGAGGCCAGUGUAUCUUUGUAG